AUGGCAACGAAGGGAGUUGCUGCUGCGUGCGUAAUAUGGAAGCACCGAAGAAACCCUUCUCUUCUUCAAUCACUAUCGCAUCAUUUCAAUCCCAACUUCAAUUCUCGGAUCAUCCCAAGAGGGUUUGGAUAUCAAGUUAGGGCGAUACAAGGAGCAAGUGUUGGUCCUGUUACACCACCAUUGAAGAACCCAAAUCCUCAGAAUUGGAAAAUCAAAAUGCUUUACGAUGGAGAUUGCCCUCUCUGUAUGCGUGAGGUUAAUAUGCUUAUGGAGAGGAAUGAAAAACAUGGAACUAUAAAGUUCGUGGACAUUAGUUCCAACGAUUAUUCCCCUGAAGAAAAUCAAGGGCUGGACUACAAAACAGCAAUGGGGCAAAUCCAUGCGAUUCAGUCUGAUGGGAAUGUGGUGACGGGUGUGGAGGCAUUUAGGAGAUUGUAUGAAGAGGUUGGGCUUGGAUGGGUUUACACUAUCACCAAAUUUGAACCAUUAGGGAAGGUAGCUGAUGCUGUGUAUGAUUUCUGGGCUAAAUAUCGACUUCAGGUCACAGGGCGGCCAUCUAUAGAUGCUAUUCUUGAAGCAAGAAAGAAAACUAAGGUAGAGACGUGUGGAGACAGCAAGGCGUGCAAGAUGUGA